AAAACUCUUAGAUCACAACCUUAAAUUUCCUCUAUUUCCACUUUUGGUGGGUUGUCUUCUAAGAGAUCCAUGGAUGGUGAUUCUGUAUGGCUUGAAGAUUUAGAGAUCUUCUUGUCACAAGAUUCCGGGAACUAUUGGCCGGAGAAUGCAUCAGAGGGUGCCGGCGGAGAUCUCGGAUUAGGUUUUAAUGAAUGGUGGGAUCUCCAGCCUUUGGAAGUCAUUCAAGAAUUUGGGUUUGAUGACCUCUUAAGUACUCCUUUGGAAAUUGAAGGAUUAGAUAUCCAAUCUCAACCAGAGCAAGUUCAUGGAAAACAAGAACAAGUUAUAUCACAAAGAGAUGAGAAAGAAGAGGAAGUGGAAAAGGCUGAAGAGGAAAGAUCAGAAAAUAGUGAAAAGGAGAGUGAGAAAGGAAGUAGGAAUCUGGAAUUUGAAAGAAAGAGGAGGAAACGUUUGAAUCAACAUCUUAUGACAUUGAGGUCUCUUGUUCCCAAUAUUACAAAGAUGGAUAAGAGAUCAAUUCUGAUUGAUGCCUGUUCUUAUCUCCAGAAUGUAUUGGAAAAGACACAGAAAGAGAUGGAGAAACUCAAUCUAGAGUCUUCUUCAAGAGAGGAAUGUUGUACUACUAUUGUGGAAAAGGAAGCUCCAGCAUUAUCAACUUUUACUGAAGGAAGAGAUCGUUAUGCUUUAGUUCCAACUGUGACCAAGAUGGAAGCAUAUACGCUGGAUGAAGGGCAAUUCAUAUUGAAGAUUUGUAGCAAUAAAGCAGUGGGAGCACUGGGUCUGGUGCAGAAAGCAAUUGAAAUGCUUGGCUUAGAAAUUACAUGUUCUUCAAUAGAUGAGAUUGAUCAUGUCCACAUGCUCACUACCACUUUCCUUCGUGUUAAGAAGAGAGGAGUUCUAAUGCAAGACAAGCUUUUGCAACAAUUGAGAACAAAUGCUACAAAGUUGGGUCUUUUGCUAUAACUUCUUAAUAUAUAUAUAGGAAGAGAAACCAUAUGGCCGGAUCUCUCAUAGCCCAUGUGACCUUUAAUCAUUAUUUGAAGAUGCCUCAGUUAUCCCAUGUACCAUGUUCUCAUAUUAAGUAUGAAGCUAAUCAAGAAACCCAUCAAAAAGUUGUUUCUCA